AAGAGGACAGCGAGGCUGGCUGCAAAGUUUGCCUUCCAGUCACCCUCAGGCAGACGAACGGUAGAGAAAGGCCCCAGAGGGUCUUUUUUGCAGGAGCCGUCACUCCCUAAAUCCAGGCGUGGAAGGGGAGGAGUGUGAGCUCGGUCCCGCCCCUUCUCCAAGAAACCGGACGCGCUCCCGGCUGGACGCCCCGAGUUGGAAGAGCCCGAACUUUCCCAAUGGUUUCGGUGACCAGAACCGUGUUUGGGGAGCUGCCCUCGGGCGCAGGGACGGUGGAGAAGUUCCAGCUGCAGUCAGAGCUGCUGAGGGUGGACAUCAUCUCCUGGGGCUGCACCAUCACCGCCCUGGAGGUCAAAGACAGGCAGGGGAGCGUCUCAGACGUGGUGCUCGGCUUUGCCGAGUUGGAAGGAUACCUGCAAAAGCAGCCGUACUUCGGAGCAGUGGUCGGGAGGGUGGCCAACCGAAUUGCCAAUGGCACCUUCACGCUGGAUGGGAAGGAGUAUCACCUGGCCAUCAACAACGGACCCAACAGUCUGCAUGGAGGACUCCGAGGCUUUGAUAAGGUCCUCUGGACCCCCCAAGUGCUGCCAAAUGGUGUCCAGUUCUCCCGCGUCAGUGCAGAUGGUGAAGAAGGCUACCCCGGAGAGUUAAAAGUCUGGGUGACGUACACCUUGGAUGGCGGGGAGCUCGUGGUCAACUACAGAGCACAGACCAGUCAGACCACUCCGGUCAAUCUCACCAACCAUUCUUACUUCAACCUGGCAGGCCAGGGUUCCCCAAAUAUAUAUGAUCAUGAAGUUACUAUAGACGCUGAUGCUUUUUUGCCAGUGAAUGAAGCCCUUAUUCCUACAGGAGAAGUUGCCCCGGUCCAAGGAACUGCAUUCGACCUAAGGAAGCCAGUGGAGCUCGGGAAACACCUGCAGCAGUUCCAUAUCAAUGGUUUUGACCACAAUUUCUGUCUGAAGGGAUCCAAAGAAAAACAUUUUUGUGCAAGGGUGCAGCACGCUGGAAGUGGGCGGGUACUAGAAGUGUACACCACUCAGCCUGGGGUCCAGUUUUACACGGCCAACUUCCUGGAUGGCACGCUGAAGGGCAAGGGCGGAGCGGUCUAUCCCAAGCACUCUGGUUUCUGCCUGGAGACCCAGAACUGGCCUAACGCAGUCAACCAGCCCCACUUCCCUCCUGUGCUGCUGAGGCCCGGCGAGGAAUACAACCACACCACCUGGUUCAAGUUUUCUGUGGCUUAAGGAAGUGUGAAGAUAGGACCCUGGAGACUGGAGGCCGGGAGUCCCCACAGCAGCCUGUCUCCUGUCCCAAGAUGGGAUGAGGAGUUAGAGGCUUUCAAAGUGAUCCUGUGUGUUUUAAAAUCAUACAGAUGGUAGCUGUCGUGAUAAUCAGGCUGAGUGUUGAUUUCCUUUUCCAAGACUGGCUCCAGGCCAUGGCUAACGAUCAGCUCUCUUCUCUGUGCAGUUCUGUGGGCAAGUCAGCUCAGCCAUCCGUGUCAUCUAAGCCCUGACUCCUGUCCAGAAGCAGUGCCCAGACUCUUGUGCUGUUGUUGCUUCCGCCUCUCUACCCUACCCUGUUCUUUCCUGCUCCCCGCCCUUCCUGUCUUUGAUGCUGCUCUCCUAACUUUUCUUUUUUUCUUUUUUAUUCUUUCUUUCUUUCUUUUUUUUUUUUUUUUAUUUUUGACAGGCAGAGUGGAUAGUGAGAGAGAGAGAGACAGAGAGGAAGGUCUUCCUUUUUGCCGUUGGUUCACCCUCCAAUGGCCACUGCGGCCGGCACACUGCGCUGAUCCGAUGGCAGGAGCCAGGUGCUUCUCCUGGUCUCCCAUGGGGUGCAGCGCCCAAGGACUUGGGCCAUCCUCCACUGCACUCCCAGGCCACAGCAGAGAGCUGGCCUGGAAGAGGGGCAACCGGGACAGGAUCGGUGCCCCGACCGGGACUAGAACCUGGUGUGCCGGCGCCGCAAGGCGGAGGAUUAGCCUAGUGAGCCGCGGCGCCAGCCUCUCCUAACUUUUCUAUUUCUUCCCCCCUCUAGUCCCUACCACAUUAUUCUGCUGCAGCACAAGAGUUUUCCAAAGUCAUACCAGCUCAUUCAGUAUGCCAACAAUUGGGCCUCUGUGCCUCUGGGAGGCAGCACCUGACUGACCAGAGAGGGAGCUCAGCUGAGAGACAGAGUGACCUCCCCACCACAAGCUACUAAAACUUGUAGCCAGGACUUGAGUUCAGGUCAUGCAAACUCAAGUCUCCUGCUUUGCCUUGCACCUGAGUCUGCGAGAGCACACCCAGGGUCGCUGAGGGGCAAGGAGGGGUGUGAGCCCUGCUCCGUUGGAGCCAGCUUUUCUUCCCAGAUUCACUUUUAUACGUGAUGUGUUUGGGGUGGUGGUUUUUGCAGAAAUAUAUCUUGUACCUGUUAUCUACUCUACUCAGUUGAAAUAAAACCCAAAUCUGCCUCUUCUGAA